UCAUCUCCGGCUACGUGAGCAGUACGACCGCUACGGACCGCUAGAUGGCAGCGGCUAAACCAUGGUGACAAUCCAGGGUACGGGUACUCUGUGUUACUCCGUAUUCGAAGCGACAAACAGGGUUGAGUACAGCUCGGCGCUGCUUCACCGGCGAUGGCAUCGGGUGGCGAAAGUACUACCGAGGAACGAACGGAGGCAGUGCCCGCUCAACCCAUCGCCAAUGUUGUGUCCGAUGCAGCCCACAAAGUCAUAACGAUGGAUAAGGACCCAGAUCUAGCAGGUGUGCCGUCGAAAAAGUCUCGCGUGGAAGUGCAGUCCCUCCCUACAAGGCAGUACUUGGACCAAACCGUUGUGCCCAUUCUGCUACAAGCUCUAUCGAGUCUGGCAAAAGAGAGACCACCGGAUCCCAUCAGUUUCUUAGCCGGGUAUCUAUUAAGGAACAAAAGCCAGUACGACAACGGCGGGUCCCCGCCGACUAGUCAGUGAACAUAGGAACCUGUGCAAAGGUGCGUGUUAAAUGGUUUUCUCCGAUAUCAUUGGACCUUGAUCGUGAGAUUACGUGUUUGCGAAGAUGUACCAUGAGAACUGUAAGACAAAUAAAUCUACGUCAGUUUUUAGGUAGGAAGUAAGGGAUUUAACUAAGAAUCCCACCUGAAACGUAAAA